GCAUUUAGAACACUAACGUCUAGUAUAUUACCAAUUCACCUAUAAACAGAGCAUUAUGUAGACUACAGUUGUCCAUGCUUCCUUCCUUAAAAUACUUUUAGUUCAUGAGUUACCAGAGAGCCUAAAAUAUCAUGACGUUAUCGGUGAAAACAAAAAGCCUGAUAAAAAAGUAGUAGAUAUGGCUAAUUAUUCAUAACCACCAGCUUAAGAGAGUCAAAGUAAUGGAUGACUUACUGGAACAAGAAAAAUACGUGAAAGCUCCAAUGAAUGUCCCAAAAAGUAGCGAUGUUAAUGGGCCAUCAAAGAAACAGGGAGAAAGAAACAAGAAAAGAAAUGACCUUUCUGGCUGGGAGGAAGAUUUCCAGGAGCCAGAAAUCACUAUGGAGGAGACAGCUGAAAACCAAAAGCUUUAUAGCCUAGAUAUUCCUAUAAUUGUACGAAUGGAACGCUUCAUUCAGAAGUACAGAAGAAAGCGUAAAUGGAAUGAUGCAAGUAGGUAUCGACUUUUCACAAUGUACCUUGCUUUAGGAGGUGUUUCAACUGGCCAAAAGGGAUUCACGGGAGGUCUGGAUUUGAAUGAAAAUGACGAUGCUCAAGUUACUGAAAACCAAACAGCCGUAGACUACAUUCAGUAUGAUCUUUUAGACGAAUAUGAUGUUGAUUUUGCUUGGGUGGUAGCUGUCUUUCUAUCUUCCCAUCUUCUCUACAGAGCCGGUGUUACAGAAGAAAAUGAGCUGAGAAUGGCUUCUCAACUAGUGCAAAAUUUUUUAAAGAGUGUCCUGCACAACAAAGUAGUACCGGAACAUGAAGACAAUGUUCAAAGUGCUUUGAAUUUGGCAAUUCAAGCCGAAAAAGAGCUUAUUGAUGAUAAGAAGUUUUCUGUUUCUCUUCCAGGUCCUUUACAAAGGGCCUUAUCUUACUAUUUUGUUGAUAAUUAUAAAGGAUUAUGGGACAAUGCUGAUGUUUAUGUUCGUUAUACUCAGCCAUCAAGCACAGCAGGUGGAAGCAAAGAAAAAGGUUCCUUAAAUACGCUUCCUUUUAAUAGUGAUUUUUCAAACAGAGAAGGGUUUCAGCCUGAUGGGCACGUUAGAUUUUCUACGGAGCAAGCAAAGGCACACAUAACCAAAGUUUUAGGUUCCGAUGCGCUUGAAGCGAAAGUUGUUGAUCAAGAAUACUUAACGGUAGAGCUAAUGUCCAAAGAAUUGAUCCAUUUAGAGCAAGUUAGCACUUUGUGCAAUGCCAAGUUUGCAGUCUGGAAUCCUCCUGGAACAAGUUAUCCUCAGCAAACUGAAAAAAAAGAGGUAGAAAUUCUCUUUGAACCAGAGCUUAUUGAAUCAAUGGCUUUAAAAACACACCUGGAGGCAUCGUUUACCUUUUUAAGUAAUGACAUAACGAUCAUGGAUACGGUUUUAGCGGUCUUGCCUACAUUUUAUGAGGAAGUUGAAGAAUGAUGUGGGAUAAUAUUCUGUUCCAGAUGUCCUAUGGUGGCCGUCUAGAGCUUUCAUUGCUACAUCCACACAUGAUGUUUAGGGAACAUUCCAGCAUAGAACUAUCAAUUGUCAUCUGUAGCCCUAAUCAUUCAAAGCUAAUUCAAUCAUCUCUUUAGAAUGCACCAAGGUAAAAUAAGCUUAUAUGGCUAUUUCGUAAAAAAGGAAAAUUCAAAUGCCCUUGUACAAGUUCAAUGUCUCAUAAAGUCUCAAUUCACGCACAGUCAAGAAAACUAUAUUUAAAUUUUUUUCUUUCAUACUAGUUAGAAAACUCGAAUUAACAAACUACUGAUUUCAGAGACUUAAUAAAAAUAACAAAUCAAACCUAGUCCUCAUGUCACCACCAUCUAGUUAGA